AUGGAGAGUUUUCUACUCUUCUUCUUCUUCUUCACAUCUUCACUCUUUCUUCUUCUCCCUUUUUCAUCUUCUCAGAUCAUGCAAGGUUUUAUAAGUUUGGACUGUGGAGGUGCAGAAAGUUAUACUGAUGAAAUUGGUCUUGAUUGGACUCCUGAUAAUAAGCUUACAUAUGGAGAAAUAGCCACUAUUUCUGUUGCGAACGAGACGCGGAAGCAAUACACGACGUUACGAUAUUUUCCUGCGGAUUCCAGAAAAUAUUGCUACACUCUUGAUGUUAUCAGUAGGACAAGGUAUUUGUUAAGGGCGACUUUCUUGUAUGGAAAUUUUGACAAGAACAAUGUAUAUCCCAAAUUUGAUAUUUCUGUUGGAGCUACACAUUGGUCUACUAUUGUUAUAUCGGAUGCUACUAGUAUAGAAAUGAGAGAGCUUAUAUUUUUGGCUUCGAGUUCGACUGUGAGUGUAUGUUUAUCAAAUGCAACAACUGGACAGCCGUUUCUGUCUACGCUUGAACUUCGACAAUUCAAUGGUUCAAUUUAUUUUACGGAAUUUGAGAAACAAUUUUACUUAAGUGUCUCUGCAAGGAUCAAUUUUGGUGCAGAGAGUGAUGCUCCCAUCAGGUACCCCGAUGAUCCUUUUGAUAGAAUUUGGAUGUCGGAUUCUAUUAAGAAAGCAAAUUAUCUUGUUGAUGUUGCUGCUGGAACUGAGAAAAUUUCUACCAAUGUACCGGUUUUUGUUAACCGAGAUGAAAUACCACCAAUGAAAGUUAUGCAGACAGCGGUAGUAGGUACAAAUGGAUCUCUAACUUACCGGUUGAAUUUGGAUGGUUUUCCUGCCACUGCUUGGGCAGUCACCUAUUUUGCAGAGAUUGAAGAUUUGCGUCCAACUGAAUCUAGAAAGUUCAGGCUUGUGCUUCCAGGCCAACCUGAAAUUAGCAAGAUCAUUGUAAAUAUUGACGAAAAUGCUCUUGGGAAAUAUCGCCUUUAUGAACCGGGAUUUGUCAAUCUAACCCUACCUUUUGUGCUUUCCUUUAAAUUCGGCAAGACAUCCGAUUCAUCCAAGGGGCCUCUCCUUAAUGCCAUGGAGAUAAAUAAGUAUCUUGAGAAAAAUAAUGGUUCACCGGAUGUUGAAGCUAUUUCCGGAGUGCUUUCUCGCUAUUCUUCAGCAAACUGGACACAAGAAGGAGGUGAUCCAUGUCUUCCUGUUUCCUGGUCAUGGAUCCACUGUAGCUCAGAUCCACAACCAAGAAUAAUUUCAAUCUUGUUAUCCAGUAAAAACUUGACUGGGAAUAUUCCUUCAGAUAUUAUCAAAUUGGUUGGUCUGGUUGAACUAUGGCUUGAUGGAAAUAUGUUGACCGGCCCAAUACCCGAUUUUACUGGAUGCGUGGACUUAAAGAUCAUCCAUCUUGAAAAUAAUCAGUUCACCGGUGUGCUCCCAGCCUCUUUGGUGAACCUUCCGAGUCUGAGGGAACUAUAUAUUCAAAAUAAUAUGUUAUCUGGAGCAGUACCGCCAGAGCUUCUAAGCAAGAAUUUAGUUUUAAAUUACUCCGGAAACAUUAACCUUCAUAGAGGAAGCAAAACAAAGAGCCGCAUAUAUAUUAUUAUUGGUUCAGCAGUUGGGGCUUCUGUUCUACUUUUGGCUACUAUUAUAUCUUGCUUGGUUAUGCAUAAAGGCAAGAAAAAAUAUUAUGAGAAAGACCACAUAGUUUCUGUCCCUACUCAAAGGCCAGCUUCUUGGAAGAGUGAUGAUCCUGCAGAAUCGGCUCACUGCUUCAGCUUAGCUGAAAUUGAAAGUGCUACAAACAACUUUGAGAAAAGAAUCGGUUCUGGUGGUUUUGGAAUUGUAUACUAUGGAAAGCUGAAAGAAGGAAAAGAAAUUGCAGUUAAAGUUCUUAGGAAUAAUUCCUAUCAAGGCAAGCGCGAGUUCUCCAAUGAGGUGACUCUUCUAUCAAGAAUACAUCACAGAAACUUGGUACAACUUCUUGGGUAUUGUCGAGAAGAAGAUAAUAGUAUUCUUGUGUAUGAGUUCAUGCAUAAUGGCACACUCAAGGAACAUCUCUAUGGCCCUUUAGUGCACGGACAAAGUAUCAGUUGGAUUAAGCGCCUUGAGAUUGCAGAAGACUCUGCCAAAGGAAUUGAAUACCUUCAUACAGGUUGUGUUCCUGUUGUUAUCCAUAGAGACUUGAAAAGUAGCAAUAUUCUUCUUGACACACACAUGAGAGCCAAAGUUUCAGAUUUUGGUCUUUCCAAACUUGCUGUUGAUGGAGUUUCCCAUGUUUCAAGCAUAGUUCGCGGAACAGUAGGAUACCUGGAUCCCGAGUACUAUAUUUCCCAACAGCUAACUGACAAAAGUGAUGUUUAUAGCUUUGGUGUAAUUCUUCUUGAACUCAUAUCUGGUCAAGAAGCAAUAUCAAAUGAAAGUUUCGGGAUUCAUUGUCGAAACAUAGUUCAGUGGGCAAAAUUGCACAUUGAGAGUGGAGAUAUACAAGGCAUUAUUGAUCCCUUGCUAGGUAACAACUAUGACCUACAAUCAAUGUGGAAAAUAGCAGAGAAAGCAUUGAUGUGUGUUCAACCUCAUGGAGAUAUGCGCCCAUCGAUCUCAGAAGUUUUAAAGGAGAUCCAAGAUGCAAUAUCUAUUGAGAGAGAAACUGAAACAUUAAGAGAAUGCAAUUCUGAUGAGGUUUCAAGAAAUUCUUUUCAUUCUUCCAUGAACAUAGGUUCGAUGGAUCUUGGUAGAGUUGGGAGUUUCCUUUCAAUUGAUGAAACCAUUGCGCAACCAACUGCAAGAUAG